AUGGAGAACGACUUAAGCAAGCCGUAUAAAAUCUGUGAUGUUAAUCGAGACAAAAAGAAGGGUAUAGUUGCUACGUCUUUAGAAGAUUUACUAACGAAAGUGCCGGAAAAAUUGGGGUUACCUAGUGAAAAUUUAACAGUUGUUCUGGAAUGUGAUGGCACAGAAGUCGAUGAUGAAGAGUAUUUCUCUACCCUCGACCCUGACACAGCUCUUAUGAUUUUGCAUGGCAACGAAAAAUGGGCACCUAAUAUGCCUAAAUGUCAGGUUUCACUAGAUCAAACAGAUGAUGUUGCACUUGGUGAUAAAGGUCAAGUAGCAAAUCUGGUUGGAAGGCUCCAACACAAUCUUUGCCACAUCUCACUACUUGGAGGUCAAGAUCUGGAACUUCUCUCUGAUAUGGAUCCCGAUAGCCUUGCGGACAUUGUUACAGACAGAGACAACCGAAUCAUUUUAGAACACAUAAAAGAAGCCUCUGGGAGGAUCUUAUUAGAAAAACGCCAAGCCCAAGAUGCCAUGGAGUUAUUAAAACUGUACCACCAGAGUGUAGCAAAUGGAAAUGAAGAUGUCUCACCACCAAGCCAAGAGAGAAUU